CAUUGGACCUGAUCGAAUUGACUCCAUUAUUUCAGCUGAAAUACCAGACAAAGAGGAAGACCCAGAAUGUUAUCGGGCAGUUGAAAAAUUUAUGAUGCAUGGACCCUGCGGUGUUUUACAACCUUCUGCUAUUUGCACUUCGGGAGGAAAAUGUGGACGCCAUUUCCCAAAAAAGUUUCAUUCUCAAACAUCAAUUGAUGAGGAUGGAUUCCCUAUUUAUCGCAGGCGUCAAAAUGGACGCGUAAUAGUAAAGAAUGGCAUCCCACUAGAUAAUCGCUUUGUUGUUCCAUUCAAUCGCUACCUUUUGCUCAGAUUUGGAGCACAUAUUAAUGUUGAAUGGUGCAAUAAAUCCAGGUCAAUUAAAUACUUAUUCAAGUACAUCACCAAAAGUCCCGAUCGAACAUUGGCAACAUUAGUGGAAAGUGGAAGUCCUGCUUCUGUUCAGUCAUCAAGUGCACCAUCAGCAGAUCAUUGC